AUGAGCAAUCUCAGUCGGAAAAGUUCCCAUUCAGAUGACGAGGAUCUAAAGAAUUUGGCUGAGCAUGUCGAAGGGUCCCCCAUUGUUGAGUUGGAUACCAUUGAGAAUACCAGGUGCAGCAAAUAUGCCUGGCUUGUGUCACUGACAGCGGCCGUUGGAGGAUUCUUGUUUGGAUACGACACCGGAAUCAUAUCAGGUAUUCUAGUAUAUCUUGGAGAUGGUCUAGGUAAGACCCUCAAUGGCAGUGAGAAGGAAUUGGUCACAUCGAUCACAUCUGGUGGUGCAUUCAUCGGUGCCAUCGUGGCCGGCCUGUGUGCCGACCGUUAUGGGAGAAAGAUGGGCAUAUAUACUGGUUGCGUAUUGUUCGUCCUCGGCGCCGUCAUUCAAGCGUCUUCCUUCUCUAUCGCCCAAAUGACAGUCGGCCGGGCGGUUGUGGGACUAGGAGUCGGUUCUGCAGCUAUGAUUGUCCCACUUUAUAUAGCGGAAGUGGCACCAGCAAAAUAUCGCGGACGUAUGAUAAGUCUCGACAACCUGUCUAUCACAACCGGACAACUCGUCAGCUAUGGCAUCGGAGCUGCAUUUGCGAAUGUAAACGAAGGAUGGCGAUAUAUGGCUGCAAUCGGAGCAGUUCCUGCGAUAAUUCUUUGCUUCCUACUUCCAUUCUGUCCAGAAUCACCCCGGCAGCUGAUUUAUCACAACAAACGAGAGGAAGCCGCAAAGGUUAUUUCAAGGAUCUUCCCCGAUGGCACCGAGCUCCAGGUCCAGCAAAAGGUCCAGCACAUUUCACUUCACGUGGAGACAAAUCAGAAUACGGACAGGGCAUUGUGGUGGCAGAUCAAGCAGUUAUACGUCGUUGGGUCAAAUUUCCGUGCAAUGUUUGCAGCUUGUGGACUCAUGGCAAUUUCUCAACUAGGUGGAUUCAACUCAAUCCUCUACUAUUCAGGCACAAUAUUUGCUGCUGUUGGAUUUGACAAGCCAAUUGCAGUGGGUACUAUUAUCGCUUCCACAAAUUGGAUCUUUACUUGGAUCAAUCUGUUCCUGGUUGAUCGUGUUGGUCGUCGACAGAUACUCAUGAACACUUUAUGGGUAAUGGCUGCAGCGAUGGCAUGUGCAGCAAUAUGCUUUCAUUGGGUACCGCUCAGUCCGAGUCUUGAAAUUACUUCCCAAAAGACCGGGUGGGCUGCAGACUUAGUCUUGAUUUCCAUGGUGGUAUUCGUCGCAUUCUACUCUGCUGGAGCUGGCAACAUCGCCUGGAUGUCUUCCGAAUUCUACCCCAUCGAGGUUCGUGCCGUUGGCACAAUGUUUUUAACAAUGAGCUGCUGGGGUUCUAAUGUCAUCGUAUCCUCUACUUUUCUUACCCAGAUGGAAAACAUUACACCGUCGGGCGCUUUUGGUUUCUAUGCCGCGGUAUCGUUCUUCGGUUGGAUUGGAGUCUACUUUUUCUACCCCGAAGUCAAAGGAAUGACUCUUGAAGAUAUUCGUGAGGUAUUUGAGCAUGGAUUUGGUGUUGACUUUGCCCGUCAGAAGCAAAAGGAUCUCAAGUUGAAUUCGCAAAGCCAGAACGUGGAGGUCGUGGACCAAGUGUAG